UCGUCUGCUAGCGGCAAAAGCGCGCCGGACUUUGGACCGUGUCGUCGAUGGCGUCGGUGGCAGCGCACUAAACGUCGUCCUCAGGUUGGACUUGACGCGCGGACACUACGCCCCGAGGGCAUCGGGAGUGACGUCAUCUGUGGGGGUCCACCACCUUACCCUUCCUUUUCAGCUCCGAGGAGCAGAAAGAAAAGAAAAAAAAAAGCCAUGGAGGAGACCAACUCGAGCGAGGAGCUCCCUUUGUUUCCCGAGGAAGGCAUGCCCGAGGACUACGACUACGAGGAGUCGGCGUGGCGCUUCGACCUGGCCGACCUGGUGCCCACGGCGGCCGUGUACGGGGCCACCCUCCUGCUGGGACUGGUGGGCAACCUGCUCAUCGUGUACACGGUGGCCCGGUUCCCGCGCAUGCGCUCCAUCUCGAACCUGUUCCUCGCCUCGCUCGCCUCGGCCGACCUGCUCAUCGUGCUGCUCUGCGUGCCCGUCAAGUUCGGCCAGCUCUUCUCGUACACCUGGACGCUGGGCGAGGUCGGCUGCAAGCUGCUCCUCUACGUCCAGCACGUCUCCAUGAUCUGCUCCGUGCUCAACCUCACCUUCCUCAGCAUCGAGAGGUACUACGCAGUGAUCCACCCUGUCCGCUCCCGCUACCUGUGCACAUUCAGCCAAGCGAGGAGGGUGAUUAUCUUCAUCUGGAUCGCCGCCUUCCUCACGGCUCUGCCCAUCAUCUUCGUGCAGGUUCACGUGGAGAUGGGCGUCCACCGUCGCGCCUACUGGUGCAUGCGUGACGAGGCCAGUCCCGGAGCGUGGCGCUCCUUCGAGAUCUACAUGCUCAUCCUCGUGCUGUGCAUACCCACCCUGGUCAUGGGCUACGCUUACACGAAGAUCUGUGCCCAGCUCUGGAUGGUCGUUCGGGAGCGGGCCAGCCUCACCACGGGCACUUCGGUGGCUACCGAGAUGACCGAGAAGAAGCCCAAGAAGAAGACCACAUUCGCGCCCAACGGUGACCCAGCCGGCCUCAAGCCUUCACGAGCGGACGAGGACACCGUUCGUCAGGUGAUCAAGAUGCUGAUUCUAGUUGUGUGUCUGUUCGUGCUCUGUUGGGCCCCGAUCCUGAUCCUGAACGUGCUCACGGCGUUCGGCGGCGUCGCGACGCUCAACUACUCCUACCUGAAACCCCUGCGCACCUGUUUCCACCUGCUGUCGUACCUGAACAGCUGCGUCAACCCGCUCGUGUACGGCUUCAUGUCGCGCUCUUUCCGCGGUUCAUUCCGCGAAGCCCUGAUUGGCUGCAUGCACCCGGGUACGGCGACUCCGUGGCGCGGGGCCACGAUGCGCCUCAGCCGGACGCGCACCACGAGCGUCAGCAUGGGGCGAUCGGCCACCUACGUCACGUGACCCUGCCGGCAAAAGCCGGGCGCGGGUGUCGACGACGAGCCUGUCUGCUGCGUCCCGUGGAAAGGCAAAAAUCACACUGGCGUGGACACCUGAAGACCCAAAACCUGAUGGAGACCUAAAUUGACAGUCACAACGGAACGAUGACCAACCCGAUUGAUUGACGCCAGGCAUAAACGUGCGGGAGUGACGCGCUAGCCUCAUGAAAGGAAAUAGGCUCGCCCAUUGUUUUGUUGUAUGAACACUGUGAAGGCGGUAGUGCGAAUGGAAGUGGACAUACUGGUGACACUUCAGUGCGUAGUGGACGCUUGAAAGCAAAACGGACACUUCGGUGUACAGUGGACGCUUGAAAACACAGCAGACGCUUCAAAUAGUGAACGCUGGAAUACCGCCUUGACGUUUGAAUACACAGUGGACGCUUAAAAACACGAGUGAACGCUUGUAUACACGCUCGUAUACAAAACCGGAGUGAACACUUCAAUACAUCAUGGACGCUUGAAAACAGGGGUGAACGCUGGAGUACAUCCGGGACGCUUGAAAACGCAGUGGACGCUUGUAACAGCGAAGCGGACACGCUCGACUUCUGAAGACGAUCAGUAUGGCACUUUAUGAUCGUCGAAGAUAUCCAGAAAAAUAAUGAAGGGGAUACCUGUUUGGCUAAUGAUGACAACCUAACUUAAAAAUGAGAGACUUGAAAGCGAGGCUGACAUAUGCGGUCUUGGUAGUAGCCUUAAGUUGCAUAAUGAAUUUGUGAAAAGUUGAGAAAUAGCGGGUGGUAACUUUCCUAGCUACCGUCGACGCUUGACGGGAGCCUGCCGACGCUAGCUGGCGUAAUGAACGCCCGAAAUGUACGAAGUGCUCAUUCGAAGGACGCUCGUGGACCACGUCAACGAAGAAAGCGACAGCGUGACGCCAAGCGUGCAAUCAAGGCAAGGCAGGAUAGACCGCACCUAAUAGAACGACGGACUUUGAUGAUCUCAGGUGUUCCACAAGGGAAGGCUUCACAGGUCAGGGUGGUGUGUUGACGUUUAGUACGCCGGUGAAAACCUGCUACGGACAGUGCAGGCACAAUGACCGUCGAAACAAGGGAGGACUGCAGUGGACAGGGUGAACAGGGUCUUGAAGAUAGUGUACAGCUAAGAUGGACGUUGACUGGACGAAGCACUGACGCACACGUGUACAUCUGCUGGUUCCUCUGGCCAAAGGUCAGCAGGAACUCUGGAGCCCAUUACGGUAACUGUGAUGGGCGUGGUUCAGUGUUAAAUGGUAUAGCGAAUUACCGAUGCCAGUGCCAAAAUUAGUGCUCGUGUGUCUCAUGCUUUCCUUUUUUUCUUUUUUUGGCCAGUGACUGAACGAAUUCAUGUUGCAGAGCUCACCGUGCGCGGUUCGGUGAUAUGGAAUGACAUGUUGGCUGUGGAUCGUACACCAAUCGAUCACUUCGUUCCCAACGCUGGUUGGGCUACACGUGCGCAUAAAAGACACUGCUGUGACCCGAGGAUAGCCGAAAUACGUCAGUGGGAAUCGGUCUAUAUGCGGCAGAGUCGAAACCCGAAUAGUUACAAUAAGAGUUAUUUGUUUCCAGCUCACUAUCUCUAGAUCUUCUGUUUCAUAACUUUUGAGGCAUAGCCUUUUGCAAAUUAGAACAAGAAGUUAAAAGCUCCUAUCCAGGGACAAGCCCUAAUUUUCGUUUAAAAAAGAAAAAAAAAAGUAAUCGUUUACAGAUACCGGAUUUUUAUCAGCCCCUUUAUUGUAACGCCAAUGAUUCCAAACAUUUCAAACGAAAAUUGGUGACGUUGAAGGAAAGAACACGUGAAUAGCUUACCAUAUGGCUCGGAUUAGUUGUUGGAUAAAAUAAUAUGACGUGUAUGCUAUCACAGCGCAUAGGACCACAUAACACACACACGAGCACAUAGCGCGGGAUACAGAAGGUACGUGGGAAGAUGUUUUAAGACGUGUGUUCUUUGUAUUACUGUUUGUACUGUUCAACCGUGCUCAUUUGGGAAAAUACAACGACGACAGCCUAAAGAUGUAAACUCAAGCCACAAGCGUACAUUCUGUCUAUAGAUAUUCUUUAGAUUUUAUUCCGAAGAGUGUACAGUCAAGUACCGAACACGCCAAAGAUCGUGUUUAUGUCCCAUUUUUCUGGCAAUAUGAUAGAGAUUUAUGAAACUUGUUUGCCUAAAAUUAGUGUCUAACAUUAAGCCUUAUUGUUCUGUAAAAAGCAUAACCUGUUAUUAAUAGAUUACUGUCAUUGAUAUCGCGUUUCCUUUAAAAGUUGCAAACGAAUGAGCGCGCGUCACGACGCCUGAUUAAGAAGCAGCGUUCAUUUUAGUUUAAUCUCUUAAACAAAAUUUUGCAAAGUCACUUCUAAAUGCACACCUGGGGGCAAUAUAAACACCCAAUUUCCAAUAUAAAAGUGAAAACUUUAAUUAUCGCUUUUUUUUUUUUCAUGGCGGGCGCAAGUAGCGGUGCCUGGGCUCGUAAAAAAAUAAUAAUAAAAAAACACAAAUUCACGGAGCCAAAUGAAUUUACACGCAGAAUUCGACCUACUGUGGUGAGGAUACACCAUUCCAUGGAUGUACCCGCAGUCUUUCGCGACACACUUUAGCUGCGUGUUUAAAGUGUCGAGAAGUUGUUUGAGGCAAGGCAGAAUUUGCGAGGAAAACGAGGAGAAAAUGGGAAAAAAAACCCAUAAAUUUUACCUUGAAAGCACUCUUGGUUGGCUACCCUACAUUUCUUUUACAACU